AGAGACAUAAAAUCAAUACACGAUACAAACAUAAAAUCCCAUAAACCUCAUUUUCAAAGUAUAUUUUCUUACGGAUUUGGCAACUGAACAUUGAUUUUGGCACAUCAUUAACGAUAAAACGAGAAGAUGACUUUCCUAAGUUGUUCUCUAUACGCUUGCUUGUUACUGCUAAAUAGUAUAUUAAGUGAACAUGCUGGAAAAUGUCCAACUGCAGAAAAAGAUUUUGAAUGUUAUUCACCUAAAUAUUGUUUAAAUGAUAAUAAUUGUAAUUCUAACGAAAAAUGCUGCAAUACAUCCAACUGUGGAACGAUAUGCCUAAAUGCAGAAACUGGUAUACGAGAUGUUUCCAAAUGUGAAGAUUGUACUUUACAAGAUUGUCCUUACGGUUUAAGUACUGUACGGGAAGAUAAUGGAUGUCUUAAGUGUGAAUGUAAGUAUUGCCCUGAAUGCUUUAUGAAUUGUGAAUUUGGUUUUGAGAUGAAAAGCGAUGGAUGCCCCGAUUGUAAAUGCAGAAAUAAUCCUUGCAAGACGGCUGUUUGCCCAGACGAAGAAAAAUGCGUAGUUGUUAAACCAGAGGCAGCUGAAAUACCUCUUUAUCCGUAUGCGAAAUGUGAACAUUAUGUACUAGACGAUUGCUUUAUACCUGUGAAAAAAAUACCAGGUAUUGGAAAAAAUACAGGCUUUUACCAUUACGAUAUGUCAGCGAACGAAUGCAAACAAAUUUCAUUCAAUUUCCAAGAGAAUUUUAAUGUUUUCAAGACGAAAAAUAUUUGUGAAAAAACCUGCACAAUACAAAAACCUUGUCCACCUAUGGAUUGCUCUUAUCCUUGUAAAGUUAACACCCAACAUGAGUGUCCAACUUGCGAAUGUCCUAAUACUAAAUUUAGACUCUGUUCUGACUUAAUCUGCCAGAAUCUUUGUCCUGCUGGAUUUAAAAUUGAUCAAUACGGAUGCGAAACAUGCCAAUGUAAAGAACAAUCAAUGCCUGAUAAAUGCUAUUUAGCGGCUGAGAUGGGCCGUUGCGAAGCUGCUAUGAAAAGAUAUUAUUAUAACAAGAAUGAUAAAACAUGUUAUCCAUUCACUUACGGAGGUUGCGGAGGUAAUGGCAACAAUUUUAAGACGAUUUCGGAAUGUUUUGAUAGCUGUGUCGAAAGUCCAUGCGCAAUACCUAUGUGUACUGAAGAGUGCGAAUUUGGUCGAGUUUUAUCUAAGGAAGGGUGCGAAACAUGCAAAUGUGCUGACAAAUACUACUGUGAAAAUGUUGAAUGUGCCAAAAAUUUUGUUUGCGUAGCUCAAGAUUUAUGCGCUGAUGCACAUAAUUGUCGAACAAGCUUUCAAUGUCAUCCUGUAGGCACAGUUACCCCUUUUAAGCCAGCUACUCACAGAAGAACUUCUUAUUGCGGUUUUAAUGCAAUAGGAACACUAGUUGGUUUUAUUGUUGCUAUGGUUCUUGCCUUCACUCUUAUUGUUUUCGGAGUUUUUGUUAUUAUAUUCAAGAGCAAAUUUAUUCAAAAAUCUAAAAUCUGCAUACGAUCAGCAGAAGAAAAACCUAAGAUAAAUGGAAGAAAUUGUUAUUGUAUUAUUGAUAAUAAUGCAAUAGUUACCCCAACUGAGGAAAAGAAGAUUUCCAUCGCAUGAUCUAUAUAUUAGAAACAAGAUUUGUACGAACGAUAUUUAUGAAUUGUUAUAUUCUCCCUUGAAAAAAGAUAUACAUAGUGCGUUGAGUAAGAAGAAUCUUUGUUGAUUAUACGACAACUUCGUCUGAAUUUCUACUACAAACAAUUUAGUAAGGCUCAAGGCGUUUAUACAACAAAAGAUUAUUAUCUGAUUCUUUCUGUUCACUUGGACUGUCUGUCUAUAUAUUUCUAUCUCAAUCUCGAAGACUCUCUUUUCUCCUCCCAAACACAUGCACAUGUAUGUGUUAUUAGUUAGAAAAGUUGUAUACAUUUGACAAAUAUUCCGCUCUAUCUUUAUGAUAACUAUUAAUGUGUAGUGUACAUAUCAAAUUGAUUCAAAGAAAAGAAACUUUUUUUAACAAUUUGGCUUGACCCAAAGACUAAUUAUACUGCUAUAUCUAAAGAAUAAAAUUCUACGAUUAUAUACAAUUAUAUACAUAGCACACGUAUAUUAGAAUGUAUAUAUGUUUGUCAAUAUAAAGUUAUGUUUCAUUGCUCUCUCAUGAAGAAUUUCAGAUAUUUUUCUGAACAGCUUGUUGAUAAACGUAACACUUGUUUGAAAUGUAAUCUUUAAUCUCACUCUGAUUUUUUAACACGGUUAUGUAUACUGUAUAUGCAUACAUAUGAAAUAUCUAUAUUUGUAGUAUGUUAAGAUGAACGUUGAAUAAACUGUUCAAAUUUUGUUAGUGAAAUAAAAAGAGUUACUUUUCCUGUAG